AUGUCCAAUCCUUCCAUUCCAGAUCACGCGACUUUGAAGAGGUGGAAAGCAGAGUGGCGUACCAUCAUGGAUCGAGCAUCGGUGAUUGAGAGUAAUAAGCUGACAAUUCAUACUCUCUUUAGCUACCUGGAGCCGUCUGAACAGGUCUGGAUGGCACUCGAUACAAUGAGCAAAGUUGCAACCGAACUGUUCAGUCAACGAUUCAGAGAAGGGGUGAUUGAACCAAACUUGCCACUAUACUUGUCCAAUGACCCCUCAACCCAACUGGAAGAACACUGGACUAAAGAUGCUGAAAUUGUUUCCGACUGGGUUCAGGAGAGCGCGUCACGCCUCGAGGAAAAAUAUGAUGAGGAGCGGAUACCUUCAACUAUCAAAGAGGCAGCUUUCACAAUUGCUACCGCUGCAAUUGAUUCUGCCACUGAGCUUCAGACGAUCUGGGAGGUGACAGAUCCAAAUUCGAUGUUGAGUAAAGCUGCGGAGAGAUUAGAGCCACAGAAUACAGCUGACCGUACUUUACAAGCUUAUGGAUCAGGAUAUCCCAUGUUAAUUUUCGAGGUGAUACACCCGGAUCAAGACGGUCUGAAUGUUGUUCACCGACCUGUCAUCAUCUUGACAGACCAUGAUGAGCGUUCUUCGAGAGGCCCCAAUGUCGGUAUGAGAGAAUAUGAUGAAUAG